UAUAAACCAACCUCCUCGAGCACACAACCAUCUGUGUUUCACAUAUUACAUUCUUAGAAGCCUUUCGACCCUCUUCUCCAAGCCUCUAGUCUCUUCUCUGUUCAACCGUUUUAACAGUCUUGUGCCCUCCAGGCCGCCAUGUCUUCCGUCCUAAGCUCUCAAGGUCUGGUAUUAGCAACCGCCAUGGCCAUCUCCAGCACCCUCGUCUUUCUUGCCUUCUCCAGAAAACAAACCCUCCCAGAACCCCAAAUCGCAACAAACCAAACUCCUACUCUGCGGUCUUGCUUGUCUUCAGGUGAUAAGAAGAGGGAUAGAAAGAAAAAGAAAGUGCGUUUUGCUGAGAAUGUUGAAGAGAAAAAGAUCUUAGAGAGGGUUAUGGAGUCAUCGUCGUCGUCUAAAAGAGUUGAAAGAAGUUGCAGAAACCAAAUUCCUGAGAAUCAAGUUGCCUUGUACAAUGGAAUUCGUAGAGAUCGCGUGCAGAGGCUGGCGUGUUCAUAUUGAGUAGUGAUCGAUUGCCACAGAAAGUUUCUGAAUUAUUUUUUUUCUCAGCUUUUCUUGGUUGAUUUUUCUUUGGUACAGCAACACUGAAAAUCAUGGAUCUUUUCUGUGGUUGUAAAAUCUGUCCUUCGUUUCCUUCCAUUUCCAAAUAUGGUUUGUGAAUACAUUGAACUUUGCCCUG